CAAGUGGAAACGGCCUCGAAGGGUGUCGAACUUACAUAUCAUGUUUUUGAAUCUCCCAACGUGCAUCUGAUAUUCUGGGCGAGUUACCACGUGCAUCACCUCGAGGACAUGGUGCCUCUCAUAUCUAGACAUGGAAUGGUCUCUGCUCGAGUACGACUGGUCUAACUUUUACUGCUGUUAUUAGGCCCACCACUUCCAAUCGCACACUAACUAAACGACUUGUAACAUCGACAUGGUCUCCAAUGUUUUGCACGAUCCUGAACCCGAGUGGACGACGCUCAUGCGGACUCAAAUAGAAUGUUGGGAAGCAGAGGAGCAACAGAUGCAAGUUGAAGAGAUUGAGAGUCUUGCAUGGGAAGCGGCCGAACGUGCCUCCCGCGAGGCCGAGGAAGAACGGCAAAGGGGACAUGAGGUCCUGCUCGUCGCUGAGUGGGUGGCCCAGGUUGACUUCGAGGAAGCCGAACAGAUGCGACGAUGGAGGGAAGAAGCCGAGCGAGCUGAGCGACUAGCUCGCGAGGAGGCGGAGGCUCAUGCGAGUGAAGAGCGAGCACUUGCGGAGAGGAUUGCGCAAGAAAUGGAGGUGGACCGUCAAAGGUGGGAGGCUGAGAGACUCGCCGCCAUCGCAGCGCGGGAGGAGGAGGUUAGGCACCAGAGAGCCAUAGAGGAAGAAGCCAGGUUGGCCAGGCAAGCCCAAGAAGAGGCUGAACGGCGAGCCCGGGAGGCUUUUGAGGCCGCAAGAAAGGCUCAGGCUGAGAAAGAGGAAAUGGAAAGACAGCUAGAAAGGGGUAUUCAGCCCGUGGUGAUACCUACCGCUGAGGAGGUGCAGCUUGCCAAAGCGAAAGUGCAGUACAAGGAUGACGUUUUUCACUUCGCCGUUGCUGGCGUCGCAGGUAGUGGAAAGUCCUCUCUUAUCAAUGCCUUCUGUGGCAUGAAUAACAGGGAUCCCAAUGCAGCCCCCACUGGCGUCAGUGAGACCACCUUGGAAAUUUCAAGAUACGUUAAUUCGGCACACAGCGAGCAAUUCGCUUGGUACGACGUGCCCGGCUCUGGCACACUGACCAUCCCCGAUUGGCAGUAUUUCAACUCUCAAGGUCUCUACGUCUUUGAUUGCAUCCUUGUGCUCUUUGACAACCGCUUUACAAUGACCGACCAUGCCAUACUCGCAAACUGCGAUCGUUUCAAAAUCCCCACCUUCAUCGUCCGCUCCAAAUCCGACCAGCAUAUCCUUAACGUCAUGAAGGACGUGGGUUACGAUACCGAUGAGGACACAGACUAUCGAGAGCAGUUCUAUCAUAUUGCUCGUGAACAUUAUAUAUCGGAGACACGUCUGAACGUCAAGAGCAACUUGGCUGAGGCGAACCUCCGUGACCAGCGAGUAUAUAUCAUCUCCAACAAGACUCUUGCCGGGGUGGCCAAGGAUAAUUGGCCGAAAAAGAUCAUUGACGAAUUCACAUGAAACCUGCUACGGACCUUUUUGUAGUACUCUGGUCUAACUGGAAUGAGCCUCUAUUCUCGCAGAUUCGUCAAGUAUCAUAACCACAGGGCCCAGGGAGCUCGUCCAGUAGUGCAACGCAACCCACUGCUCAUUACCGACAUGAAAACUUGAGCAGUAUAUCAUCGUUAUCUACCAAGCCUUCGCAUCGUAGUUCCGAGGAUUUACUUAUUGUGAUCUACUUUGAUUACCUGUCGUGGCUCAUCCUUCUCAAUUCUUUCGAAAAUAGUCAAACCUCUGUAACAUGCCUUGGUAAUUUGGAUCGAUUGCUUAACUCCUGUGCUGUGUCUCAUCACUGUUCAGAUGAUAUUUGAGUCUUUAACGGACAUGCACCCCCUGAGGUACUUAUGGGUACUUCUUGGUGCAACUGUUCGACUUGAAGGGCCGUCGUCUAUACAACCAACCCCCCUGGCCCGGUG